GAUAAAUAUACAAUUUGCCUUUAUUUUUCCACACACACCAGAAUCUACAAAAUUGCCCGUACUGGUAAUCAAAACUGUAAAUCGAUCGAGCAAAUGAUAGGAGCUGGGAAAAUGAAGCAGUACACUAAUGUUCUUGAUCGACCCCUCAGCAAAGGCAAACAAGAGGUUAGUCUGAGUGGGUUUGCAUUCUUGUUCUCGGAGCUCGUUCAGUAUAAUCAGACUCAGGUAGACAACAUAGCAGAAUUGGAAAGAAGGUUAGAGGAUGCAGGCUAUGCUGUUGGGACCCGGAUUCUGGAACUUCUUUGUCAUAGGGAGAAGGGUAACAGAAGGGAGACACGACUCUUGGGAAUUUUGUCCUUUGUGCAUAGCACAGUAUGGAAGGUCUUGUUUGGAAAGGUAGCAGACUCACUUGAAAAAGGAACUGAGCAUGAAGAUGAAUACAUGAUCAGUGAAAAAGAACUCCUAGUCAACAGAUUUAUUUCAAUACCUAAAGAUAUGGGUGCCUUCAACUGCGGAGCAUUUGUUGCUGGAAUAGUGAGGGGAGUCCUGGAUAAUGCAGGUUUUCCAGCUGUAGUAAGUGCACAUUUUGUACCUGUGGAAGGGCAGCAACGACCUAGAACAACCAUUUUGAUAAAAUUUGCUGAAGAGGUACUACAAAGAGAAGCAAGACUAGGUUGAUACCUGCUCUGACUUUUCCCCGUAUCCAAUUUGCCUAAUCUGCAAUCACAAGGUUCCUGAAUGACAGAGUUUUCUGGUGAAACAAAUAGGAUGUUUUCAUGUAAUACCUGUUGAGGUAGCAAUUUGUGUUCUAUCCAAAGGCUUGAUAAUACUUUGUGCGCAUUUGAACUGCUGAUCAAGAAGUAUACUUUCAACACAUUGAAAAUGUUGUAAUGUGAGAUGGGGACUGGUGGAAAAUUAUAUUAUUUUGUGAGCUGGUAGAGAAUUUACCUGGUGUAUAGGAUGUUAAAUUUGACCUAUGCAAAUUCAGUGCAGGAAUUCUGUGCAUCAUUGAAAUUUGUUUUCAUCCUUUCGUGUGAU